AUGGCCGAGUUCAUUGCCCUGGUCCCGCACCAUGAGCAGCGGCCUGCUCCACACGGCGGCACCAGCAACGACAAUAGGCACGACCGAAACUCUACGUGGCUACCAGUCAACGAUGAAACGCGUCCCAUUUUUACCUCUCUUUCUAAGAUACGGUUGCAGGUGGAGGCGCUGGAGGCGCUGCACCUCGGGCAACUAGUGGAGCUGCGCGCAGAGAAGCGGGAACGCGUGCGGGAUGCUGUGGAAAAGCUUUGUUCCGAGUGCCACUUCUCUCGGGAGAUGAUACACAUGUACAAUUGCACCACCCAGAAGCUGGCAGAGGGAAUACACGACAACCCCUAUCCGCUGAACAUGGCGGAGCUGCGUAUGCGACACAACAUUGCCAUGUUCAUGGAGUACCAGCUGAUGUCAUGGGUGCGAGCAGUGUGGGAGGCGCAGAAGGUGCAGGAAGAGCGUCUGAUUGACGCCACUGCAAGGCGUGUCAAGGCACGUUUUGGGAUGACGGAUGCUGGUGGCGGUGAGAUUUCCAACAAAGGUGAGAUGAGCGUUGAACACGCCAGAGAGGUCGCACGACGGCUUGUGGUGACGGGCAAUGAGGAGCGGUUGUUUUUAUUGGCACGGGAUGAACUCGAGCGGGUGAUGUGCACGCGGGAUGCCGUACUAGAGCUAGAGCGGGAUAUGCGAGAUCUUCUGCAACUGUUCAGUGAUCUACAGUUGCUUGUGCAAGGGCAGCAUGAUCAGCUUACAAUGAUUCAGCAAAGUCUCGAGAGGAGCUGCCAACGUGUUGUGGUAGGCGCACAGCAUAUUCAAAUGUCAAAGAAGUACGCGAAGCCCUGUUGCGCCGUGCUGUGA